AAGAAGUAGAAGAUUGAGAAAACGAAAAGAAAAAAACAUCAUCACACUUCCGUACUGCUCAAACGAGUCCUACUGGCUUCUACUUCUCAUUCACGACAAGCGACUAACAAAUCAUGAUUAUGCCACCGUGACUGUUUGCCGCCACGAAAUACCCACUUAAACAUAAACUUCUUUCAUCAUUGCAUGCUCAACAUUCUUCAAUCUCCCAUUCUGAUCCUCAAAAUACACCUACAACAACAUGAACCCAUCAUCGGCACCUCCUUCCGGCUCUGAAUCGCUGGGGCUCUCGCGACAGAAAUCAAGUAGUUCGUCUGCACAGAAGGCGAGUGCUAGCGGUGCGUCGUCUGGCACGGAAACUACAGCUGCGCGUGAGCAAGUUUCAUUGCCUUAUGACUUGGAUUCAUCUUCCUGAUGGGCUUAGAUCUUCUUCUAUCGCAAUCUUGCCAUAUGCUGCGUCUCGGUUGAGGCUGGGCUUAGAUCUUCUUCUAUCGCAAUCUUGCCGUAUACUGCGUCUCUAUCUUCCUCCACUAAUUCCCGUACUCCUCUUUAAUUCCCGCACGAAUCGGCAGAUGGUGCUGAUGGUCCCGGUUUCGUCGGUAUUGAGGUCGGAAAACGACGACUCGAUGAGCUAGGGCUGUUCUUUACUUCAUCCGAGUUGAGGACUGUCUUCGAGGAUGAUAUCUUGAUCCGUGAAGCUCAAGAGCGGAUACAAAGACUUCAUGUGAAGCCGGUAUUUUUCCUUUCGCAGAAUGCAAUUCUUGCAAACUGUAACAGUUUCGUGAUCCCAUUCACUGUUGCUACUACUGCAUCUUGUUGAAGUUGACUAUAAAACAAAUAUAGAUAUUUAGCAGCUACUAUCACGGAUGAAGUGAAUCAGUUCAAGGACAUGGGAUUUGUGACUACUUACGAUGGGGAUGGACUGACAAUACUAGCGUGGUCUCAAGGAGGAAACGAAUAACAAAUAUAUUUAAUAUCGAGCAUCACCAGAAGAAUGGUUCGACCAACAGUAAUGCCACGACCACCACGAGUAGUACAUGCUCGUCUAUCCACAUCCCAAGGGUCUUCAUCUUCACCUUCAGAUCGUCCAAGCGGCUACUAUCACGGAUGAAGUGAAUCAGUUGUGGGCUCGCGCCUCUUCAGAAGAAGAAUUAGAGAGGAGACAUAAAGCAAGGCUUGAGACUCUCGCAUGUAGAACGGUGUAUGACGAGCACGCUUUAUGAUAAGAGGAUGCAUUGACAACUCAAUGGAGGACUGAAAGUACAGAAUGCGUAGCUUCCUUGUGCCCUAGUACGCCUACAGGUUCGAGUAAUUAUGCUUUGUCUCGUUACUCUUUGUGCAGAUCAUAAUGCAUGUACAACUUCUAGUUCCUUGAGUCAGGACGUGCACUCUCUAACGACCCUUCCUCCUCCACCACCCGAAGAGAAGGGCAAGAAGAAGAAAGCCGACGCAGCCGCUUCGACAGGAAAUAAGGAUGAAGCGAGACCAAUACCACCAGCCAGACUGCGACAGAUAGAGACGCUUUUAAAAAAGGAUCCCAGGCUUCGAAAUGGUUUACGUACAGCAUUAAGAUCAAUCAAAGCAGCUCAAGCAGACGCGCAGUCGGAGGAGAAGAGUGGUAUUCUACUCGUUGAAGAUCCUAAUUAAGGGUUUCCGAAUUGCAUUCCUCACGACUACCAUCCCUGGCGCUUUUCCUAGUUGAAAAGAAGCCGGGGAUGUUCUGAGGAGUGUAAUUCCGUAACCUCUAAAUUAAGGAUGGAUUGAACAGAUCAUCAUCCACUUCUUGAAAGAUUCCAUCUGCUUCCUGAAUCCGACUUACUUUUUCUGAUUCAACAUCUUUCAUCUUCUUUUUUCCAUCCCGAAACCACAACAUCUGCGCCUCGUCCUCUGCCUUUUCCCAUUAGGUACUGUUACCGAUCGCGUAAAGCGCGCUCUUUCUGAACGCUACAGGAAAGCGCGUGAAUCCCAGUGGUCAGUGCCUACAACUGUAAAAAAUGAGUUCGAGAAACGCAAUGAGUUAUUGAUGGCUGACUCGAAUACGGAGUAUUUUUUUAAGCAACGCCGAUUGUUGAUGACGCUGGCUGCGGGGUCGUAGGGCGGGAAAGGCAUUGGGAGAUGAUGGAAGGAAAGAUUUUUGAGCGCAUUCUCUAAGACAAAUAUCUGGUGAACGUACUUCGCACAUAUUCUUGGUACUUCUACGCACUCUAUCUCUAGCAGUCAAUUAUGCGAUGAUACUACUCCGGCUAACAAACUUCACUUUUCCCCUGUAUCUUCGUUCUACCACCAUGCACAGCGAUGUAUUCAUCGAUUGUACUGAAAGAAAAAGAAAAGCCUCACUAUCUGAAUCGACUACGACUUGAUUCUAUUACUUCUGAUGGUUUCGCCGCUGAAGGGAAUAACUAAUCUACAAUUCAUCUUCCUUGUCGAAGGGAUGUUUCGCCACUGAAGGGAAUAACGAGUCUACAAUUUAUCUUCCUUGUCGAACGGAUACGGAUAAGCAUCUAAUAACCAGCAAACCAGCAUGAUUCUACUUGACCAAAGGUGUUACAACAAUCA